AUGGCUUCCAGCCUGUGGAAGAUCUUGAGUUUUCCCUGGAUUUCAGUGACUUUAUAUCAGAUCCUGCAGUUAGUUUUCCUGCUGUCCUUGGCUCUCCUGCUGCAGAAAUUAAUUACUCUUUAUAAAAGAUGGAGAAAACUGGAAGCAACUUAUCAAAGCUUUCCUGGCCCCCCGGGUCACUGGCUGUUUGGACAUGUCACACAGGUGAGAAUCGUUAUCUUAAAGGGACAAUGGCACAGUGGCUUUACAAUAAGAGUUUGUUAUAGUCACAAAAUUACAGUAAAAAAAGUCACUAAUCAGUUUAUUAGAAAUAAUAGUAAUAUGUUAUAAUGUAUCAUAUAUCGGAUCGCAAUUUAAGCAGAAACUCAGAAUAUUGUAGCAUUUUAUUGUUUCAUCGUCCCAGUAAAUAUUAUUGAAGUGCUACUGAUGUAGAGACACAUACAAACACUUUCUAAUGAGGCACAACAAAGUAGUCUGUUCUGCUAUGUGUAAACCAUGAUCCUACGAUUUAUACACAGUCAUUUUCAUACACACACAAACAAAUGGGUGCAACACGCUUUGUAUUAAAUGCCUUUGUGUGCCGGAAAAAAGGGAAUUAUUUUAAUCAACUCUAACUUAAAGCGGCACUGUCAUGGCCGCAUCAAUUUUCUUUUAGCAAUUCAUACUAUACAGGGAUAUUUACUUAACUCCAAAUUGUAGUAAACGGAAACUUAAGGCUACACUAGUCAAUAUGUAACUUGAGCUGAGUUGGUGAAUGUUUCCAGAUCAGCUAUUUUAGCCUGACAUUUGCCUAUAGUUUGAAUCUUAAUGAAUACAUUUUCAGUAAAUCAUCCUGAAAGUAUUAUUUAGAGCAACAACAGCAACAACAACCGAAAACGUGUCCCUACUUUGUCUUUUAUAUAUAUUUUGUCUGCAUUGGAAUUUCAAUGAAAUGCUAAAAUUUAUUUGGAGGCUGACAGAGCCAUUGUGAUGGUUCUUCAUUUUAUUAGUACAUUGGAACAAACUAUAGUCCAUAAAUUACAAUUUCACUGCUGUAUUCAACAGCCCAGGGGAUGAUGGAAAUCCUCAGAGGUUCUACUUAAAUGCCCAGCACCAUUCAGCUAAUCAUCCCAGUAGAGGACUUCUUGAAUUAAUUUAUGGUUUUAAAAUAAUGGUUCUAAAAAUUAUUUCUAUUUAGACAUAGGAGUGAGCAAUGUGAACCCCAUAUAUCUUGAUGUUAACACAUUUCUCCUGAAAAAAUAGGUUUAUAUCAUAUCUGUUUGUUGCUUUUUCUGUUUUCAGCGUGAUGGUAAAGACCUCGAUAGGGAAGUUGCCUGGGCAGAACAAUAUCCAAAUGCUUUUCCAAUGUGGGUAGGAAAUUUUUUUGCCAACUUGGUUAUAAUUCAUCCAGAAUAUGCCAAAGCAAUACUCGGCCGAUCAGGUAGGGGAACAUAACUAUAUGUUUCAUUCAGCUGGUAGAUACAUUGCAAAUGUUAAAGUGUGAAGCUUAAAAAGAGAAACAACUGGUCCUUUUAGCCCCACUACAUUCUAAUGAAUGCUGCAGCUAGACUGAUUUCCUCUCUAAUCGGUUCUCUUACACUUCUCCCCUCUGUCAGUCCUUACAUUGACUUUCUGUAUUUUACAGGAGUCAAUUCAAGGCACUAACCCAUACCAAAAAAGCACUGACCAAUUCUUGCUACUCCUGUAUUUUUUCACUGAUCCGCAGGUAUGCCCCUUCUCGGUCUCUCUCUGCUCUGCCCAUGACCUUCUCCUGUCCGCUACUCGCACCCGUACGGCCAACUCACCUUGCAGGACUUCUCUUGGGUGGCUCCUUUCCUUUGAAAUAGUCUGCCUACGACUAGUAAGCCCUCCUCUAGUCUUCAUUCAUUUAAAAAGUGCCUCAAAACCCAUCUCUUUAGGAAAGCUUAUGGCCUCCCAGAGUAACCUCUACCUCACAUACCUGUCCCUUGCUCUCUCCUAAAGGGCAGCACUCUAUUCUCUCCUCCAGCUCUGCUUCACUUCACCUUGUUUGAUUGCUACCUCCUGUCCUGUUUGGUUCCAUGCCCCACCUCCUAUAGACUGUAAGCUAUUUUGAGCAGGGCCCUCUUUAACCUCUUUGUUCCUGUAAGUUUUUAUAAUUGUCUCAUUUAUUGUUAAAUCUUCCCCUUUGAUAAUAUUGUAAACUGCUACGGAAUAUGCUGGCGCUAUAUAAAUACCAGUAAUAAUAAUAAUAAUAAUGCUACAAGCGACUAAUAUAUAUAUUAGCAUUUUAAUAAAUACUUAAGAAUUUAUUUACUUUUUUUUAAAUGACAGAGCUUGUAAGAAAUUGUUAGAUUAGCAUACACACAUUAAUUCAUAGUUACAGUGCUGUGCACAAUAAAAAUGUAUAUGUAAUCAGAAAAGAGAAUUUUGACUUUAUUUUAUUUGUUUAAUUUAUUUAAAAGUAGAAAAUUUAAGUAUUCAAUCAAGCACUGUGUUGGUGGAAUGUGAACAUUUUAAAGGAAAAUAGGAAAAAAAUUACACAGGGGGAUUCAUUUUGAAAAGAAUUAUAAAUUGCACUUUGAUGGUGUCAUACAAUGAUCAGGCACAACGUUAAAACCAGUGGUGUAUUCUGGUUUUGUGCAGCCAUAGGCACUGACAGCUGAAGUGAAUAAAAUUGAUUAUAUCAUUACAAUUGAAACUGUCAAGAGUUAAGAUAUAUCAGUCAAUUCUUGAAUUUUUAUGUGUUGAAAGCAGGAAAAAUGUACAAGCAAAAUGCUCUGCGUGACUCUGACAAGGGCCAAAUAGUGAUGGCUGGGAACUGGGUCAAAGCAUCUCCAAAAUGGCAAGUCUUGGGGGUGUUCCUGGUAUGCAGUGGGUAGGACAUACUAGAAGCGGUGCAAGUAAGGAAAACUGGUAAACCGGUAUCAGGGUCAUGGGCACCAAGGCUCAUUGAUGCACGGGGGGACUGAAGUCUGGUCCAUUCCCACAGAAGAACAACUAUAGCUUAGAUUGUUGAAAAACUUGGAAACCUUUGGUUAGAUAUGCAAAGCUGCAAACGAAUAUAACAGCUAGUAUGCCAAGAAUGAGUGGGACAUUAACUCACUGAUCCACCUAACUGGGAUAUACAGCAAGGACAUCGGAAUGUUGUUUGGGCUAGAUGAGUGUUGGUGGAUGCAAAAAGAGGGAAGAGUUCAAGUACCAGAAGGCCAAAUAGGAGAUGUAGAGAACAGUAACAAGUACCUGGAGGUACCACAAACACACACAUGGCAAUCAUGAGGAAGAGGAAAUGAGGAUAGCAACAUCCAAGUACCUCCAGAGAUUCAGACAGAUCCUGAAGUCCCAGCACAAUGGCAAGUGCAGGAUCCAAACUACCAGCACACAUACCCUACCAGUCAGCAGGUACUCAGCUGGAAUAAUGACCUGGCCAAGAGAAGUGUUGGUCACCAUGGGUGCCUGUUAACCUCUGGUAUAAUUUGAUAAGGAACUGCUCAAACCACUGGUCCAGAUAUUGGAUUGCAUGAGAUGAGCCUUAGUUCAUCCCAUGCUGUUUACACUGGCAGCCAUUUUGGCCAGAAUCUUCCAUUCGAAUUAUAGACUUCCUUGUCAACUAGGUUCAUAUGACUGGGAACUUUCCAUUAGGCCAAAGGGGGGAGGGGAGGGAGUGGGGAUGCCAAGAUACCCUGGAGGGCACUGUAGUCUCCUCUUCCAACCCAUAUCCACAGCUAGGUCACACUGUUAAUGUCCAGUACCUGGGCAAAUUAAUCUGUAAAAUGCAGGUUUUGGGAACUGAAACAUAACUGGCAGGUUCCUCUGUAAGAACCAUGUAGACUCUUGCAGGUUAUUUUAACUGUGGUCCCAGUAGAUGGGGCUCCAAUGUCAUGCGAUCAAGCCCAAACCCUAAGACUCCAUUUAUCAAUGAACUCAUCAGCAUGAUAAGGUUCUUGCCCAUGGUCAGAAAUCUGUCUGCCAUCAUAUAGCUAAAGAUUUAAAGUGGGAGUGAUAUCAGAAAGUGAUUAACACCCUAAACAAAUAAGUAAAUUUCAAAACAUUAGAAAAAGUAUGCCUAAAGUUGGAUGAUGGUCCAUUCGAAUCCUUAUGUGUGCAUUGGUAUAUAAAGCUGUAUUUGAAAAAGACAUAUCAUUCAGCAUGGUAUUCUGGGAGAAUUGUGGAAACACUUUCAGCGCUGCUGUGCAUAAUGUAGACGUUUACAUGUACAAUGGAUUGUAUAGAUGAUGCACAACAGUAUAUUUCAGAAUUUUAAUUAUAGCAAAACUCUAACAUAAAAAAUUCAACCAUGUAUUUCUGACAGUAGCAUUUGCCUCUGCAUGUUUAGAUUUAUGGACCAUCUGGAAGUGUAAAAUAAUGAAGAUUUACUUACUAUUUAUCCCAAUAUGUGCUGUCUUGCAUUACUGAUCAGCCAAUCCAAUUCUUCUCCAUAGAGAAGCAUUUGGCUGGACUGAUGUGCAUGUGGGGCAGUUGUUGUGCUGCACCAGUCACCAGAGAUGCAUUAUACAAGUGCAUGUCUUUAGGGGGCAUUCUUAGUCUUCAUACCGAGAGUGAGGACAUUAAAAAUUGGAGGAAUAGUGCAGAACUGAAUUAGGAAGCUGGCUGUACUAGUGACAGCAAUUAGAGGUGUCUGUAGGUACAAUAGAAGGCACUGUAUUUUGGUAGAAAAGGCAUUGUUUACAAAUGAGAAAAUAGCUCCAUGCAGCAAAAUCACUACAUUAAGCUAUAGAUGUUCUAAUGCUCACAGUAUUCCUUUUAAAUCGGUGGGAAGAUAUUAUGUUUUGAUAUAACCAUUGCUUUAAACUUAAACACAACUGGAAAAAGAAACACUGGUUGCGCCAAAUGAAAAUUAUGAAAGAAAAGUCCAGCUGGAUAAUGUUUUCAAUUUCAAUGUCUAGCAUUCUUUUUUUCCACAAUAAAUUGGGUUUCACUCUAAAGGAAAAUAAAAGACAAUGGUGUAGAUACCAACAACCAAAGGGCAUAUAAAUAAAAUGAUAAACAUGCCCACUUACAUUUAGCAGUGCUUUAGAUCAGUUCAGAUCUUAAUAGAAUGCAGUAUACUCAGUCCAGUGAUGGAUAUGUGACCUUGAUAGUGGUAGUCAACUGGUGCAUGUAGUGGUAUGUUUCUCAAAAAAUAAAAUAAAUAAUAAGACAAUUGAACAGUGAACAAGUGUAGAAGUGAUAUGUAUUACAGUCACAAUGAAGGAGCUUUCCUCAUAAGCUCAAUGUGCCAGGCACAUGGAGAUAUUAAUCCCCACCUUUGGAAAUCUUAUGACUCUAUAGUCCUCAGUAUCAUCAAUACAUGUAAUAAAAGGAACAGAAACCAAAUAGUGCUGUCUACAUUAAUUUAAACAUGAUAAUAAUAAUAAUAAUAAAAAGACCGUACUCAUAUUUAUUUGAGCAGACAUGCCCACUAGUGCCUGAAAAAAAAGUUUCAAAAGUUAAUAAAAGUUUAUAAAAUACAUAAAAAGUAGUUUUACAUGCACAUAAACAUACAUACACCAUUAUUAAAAGUGUAUGUUAAUAUUAAUUAUAUAUAUUAAUAUUAAAAUACACUUAGAAUGACGUUAUAAAUUUAUACAUCCUACAAAAAAUGGUCGCUAAGGACCGUGGACAUACCUUAUAGGAGCCCUUAACUUACCUGGACCGCCGAUCCGCAGCGAUCACAGUCGGAGGGGAUUGCCGGAGACCCCAGCAGACCUCCUGCAGCAGCUCCGGCUACCUCGGCCCUCCAGGGCCAUGUGAUCACCCCUUACCUUGCUCCACACCGUUCUUGGUCUAGCGAUUUGCAUGUGACUACUUCCGGGUCACAUGCAGGUCGCUAUCUUGCAAACUUACCUGUUUCUCCGUGUGGUUACCUGUACUGGCUGUCUUCCCCUGACUGGGGCACUCUGCUUACAGAAUUAUCCACUCUUCAGCCCUCCAGGCUGCAGCUCCGAGGACGGAACAGGAAACACGCCAAAAACCAUAAGAUACUGACCUAACCGUCGCGCCAGUCGCAGUCCCGCGGCGUCAUCACGGUUAAGGCUAUCAGUCAGGAUUUCAGUAUGAUCCAGCACGUAGAAUUGUGUAACACAGAGGACUCAUAGGUAACGUAUACCGGACCUUAGAAUGGCCGGACUAACGUACCAAAGAAUAGUCAGGAAUAGCCGAGGUCAAGGGAAACAGAAAUAGACACAACGAUAAGGAAAAGCCAGGGGUCAGAGAUGCCAGAAAACAGGGAAGUCAAAAACAAUGCCAAAGUCAAAUAACCAGAAUUAUCAGAAUCAAUAACGCACUCUUGGACAACCACAAGGGAAACCACGACAGGGCACUGAGCAGGAUGAAAACUGGGCCUAAAUACCCCUCCUCUAGGUCUGAUAGGCUGUAACCGGCCUUUGACCCCAAAGGCAGUUAUCAGGUUCCCAUUUGCAUAAUUACUGCUCAGCACAAACCCUUGUGUGGAUUUGAUUGCUGCUCAGCACAAAACCUGCUGUGGAUUUGAUUGCUGCUCAGCACAACUUUUCCUGUCAAGAUAGUAAUGUUGCUCGGCACAACUUUUCCUGUCUGAACAGUAAAUUCCAUUAAUCACAUUUUAAUAAGGGGAUAAAUACGUGACACUAUCUCAUUGCUUGUACAGUUUUGCAUACUUCCUCUUCGUAUACUAUUUUAUGUCAAACUCACAAAUGAUUUUGUGUAAGUCUAGUCGCAAGGUUUUACUAUUUUGUGUUACUGUUGGUUUGUUUCAAACUCCCGAACGAUUUCAUUUUAAAUCUGUUCGCAAGCUUUUAAAUUUUGAUAUUUUGUUACAGCCAUUCAGACUGUUCGCAUGACUUCACUUUAAAUUUGUAUGGUUCAGGGAAGCUUCCAUUUUAAUUUCAACCAACUCUCCCCGUUCCUAUAACAGUCAGCACGAAAGCUCUAUGGUCGGAUAUAGCAUUUCAUUAAAAAUUCGUAUAUUUAACCGCACGGUUUUGCUAAUUCAUCCAAACUAGUCUGCACAAUGCUUUAUGGUUAUAUAAAUGGAAUACUGACCUCUAGCGGUCAUUCAGAAUAUAAGGUUAAUUGCUGCAUUAAUUACAUGUCACUUUUCUAAAUAAAUAGCUGGUUAUCAUAAUAUUAUGGAUAUACGUAAUCCAACUACCUGUAUGUUUUGGUAUAUCUGGUGAUACUCUAUGUAUGAUUUAAUUAACUAUUGUAAUUCUGCAUACAGUUCACUAUCAUAUACGCCACUAAAACACUCUUCUGGCCUAUCCUGUAAAUAAAUGUUGGUUUCAUAAAUCACUUACACUCUCAAUUCUAUACUACUGCACCCCUGGUUUUAGGCUCAAAUGUCAUGAAACAUUGUUUUCUUAUUUUAUUAUUAUUAUUAUUAUCGCCAUUUAUAUAGCGCCAACAGAUUCCAUAGCGCAUUACAAUAUUAUGAGAGGGAGGAUUUAACUAUAAAUAGGACAAUUACAAGAAAAUCAAAUAGGUUGAAGAGGACCCUGCUCAAAUGAGCUUACAGUCUGUAGGAGGUGGGGUAUAAAACACAUUAGGACAGGAUGAUGUAUAUGAUUAUAUGAUGUGCAUAUUCUCCAAGCUAGGAAUUAUCCUUCCCGUAUUGGUCCCUAUCCAUUAACAUGACUCAGUUCACUUAAAUAAAUGUAAUUUCUGCAGGAAGGUUUUCACUCAUUUACACCUCUAACGCUUGCCUGGUGUAUUCCUGUACUCAUACUACUAAGUCUCGGUUCUUUAACCUAAAUCACCUGCAGGUCAAUUCUCAUACCAUUUCACCGGGAUCAACACAGUAUAUUCCAUGCUCUCUGCACCUAUGGUACUGCCAUUCCAGUUCUAAUGUAAGAAUAGUAUUUCUUGUAUCUGUUUCUAUAUGCAUGGAAGUACUGGUCUGGACACUUAACUAGCGAUGAGACACUAUCACAGUAUAGUACAUUACCCAAUUUCUGACUUGGUGUAUAAUCAUAUUUAUUUACUUAGGUUAGACUCCUUUAUCCUAAAUCACCUGCUGGUGGCUUCCCUAACUGCUUACGUCAAUGCUACCUAAGUGUAUAGUACUGUAUACUCUCUUGCCUGUAUUACCGCUUUAUGUUCCUUAAACAGGACUACUGUUUUAUCUUUAAUCUGUUUUCUUCCCUCAAGGAGGUCCCAGGUUAUUGGCCACGUAGGGACUCAGACGAAAUUACUAAUUGGUAUAAUAUGUUACGGGGACCACAUAAAUACUCCUCGCAUAUUUCAUCAUACCAUUAGAUUCAUCAUUAGGAUUACUGCUUUAAUUUCCAUUUAAAAUAGAUGUUUUUCCUUCAAAAUGGGUCGUAGGUUAUAGGAUAAUUGUUUUAAUUUAUUCAUACUAUGUUCAUUUACAGAAAAAAAGGGGUGCUCUGUGCAAAUAGGUGCUUAGUGAUAAUAAAGACAAAAAUCAGCAGCUCAACACAUGUGCAGGUAUCCCAAUCCUACAGAGACAAAUAUGUGAGAAGGGGUGUGAACUUCGUGGAUGAUACUACCACCACAGAGAUCACUCAGUGGAGUGCUAGAGAUAGACAAAUAUCUUAUUCUGGAGGAGGUCUGGUAUUACCUUAAUAUACCCAAGCCGUUGUGAUUUGAGCCAAUCCUCAGGCUCUUUACCAUGUGAGUUGGGCAUACAUCCUCUUCCACUCCAUUUAGACUUCACAAGCAUACUGCACUAUGAUGUGUAUUCUUUUGUUUUAGACUUUAUAUGCUGCUUACUCCCCUAAGUGAAUUAUAUGGUAUUUGAAUAGGGGUAAGAUAUUUGUCUAUCUCUAGCGCUCCACUGAGUGAUCUCUGUGGUGGUAGUAUCAUCCACGAAGUUCACACCCCUUCUCACAUAUGUUUAUUUACAGUUUAAAGGGUGUUCAGGAUUUAGGGCAACCCUACGCUAGUUAGGUAGGCUGUUAUAGAUUAUUUUAAUUGAGUCCACGAGCCGGCCCUUACAAUUCACACAUGUACGUGACAUCACAGCAUCUUUAGGGGCUUGGUAUCUAUUAUUUACUGCAACCUCCUUCAAAUAGUUGCAACUAACUGCGCUACUUAUCCUGUAGGUAUACCAGGAUAUCUAUAAUUCAACGUCACAUACCACAUUUCCUACAACCAUCUUGUUAACCCCUAUAAGUCUGUUCCUAUCCAUUUCUUAGAGAGAUAUCAGCUAUGCCUCACUGAUGAUGCCUAACAAGGCUGAAACGAUCGUCUGGGGUUGCUGUAUCUCUCGUGCAGAGAGAACUUGCUGGCAUUUCGGAUCUGGACUGCCCGUAUGGGUGGAAUCGGUCUGAUAUGUUUCAGAGAUGUUCUCUCUGUAAUGGCACAAGAUGAGCUAAAACCAGCAUGAUCUGAGCGGGGACCCACGAAGGGCAAGCUAUUUCAGCUGCUGCCCGUUCUCAGUAUUCUCUUGUGCCCUGUUUUUUGCUAUCCAUUUCUUAUGUUAAACCGCAUGACUGACUUACUUUUCGCAGGUAUGUCAAUUUACAUGCCCUUAUAUGCCACCAUACCCUUCUCCCCUUAGUUAGCUUCAUUACUGGCUGACAGGGCAGCAGGAGUCCAAUAGUUAAUAAUUUCACAGGCCUCUACGUCUUAGGUUAGUGGUCCCGCAAGGCCAACACUCAUCCCCAUACUUGGAGGUCCUACGCUCAUCGGCCCAACUCAGUUAGUGGCCUCGCAUGUUGGCAUAGAGAAGGCCUCACUUUUCACUCCCAUUCUAUCUUAUGCUUUAAAAGUUACUGAGAGGCCGACACCCCGCCACAAAGUUCAGUGGACACAAAAUCCCCUCACGCCAACGCGCAGAUAGAGCCUCACCUGUCACCAACCAAGUUUGAUCAUUUCGCAUCUUGGCUAGUGAGCCAGUAUGUUAUCAGGGUAUAGACUAAUUACUUUAUUAUUCAAACAUGUUUCAACGUCAAGAAGGUAGAAAGACCUGUCCCUGCCUAGCAGGGUAUACACUAAUUACAUAAAAAAUAACAACAAAAAAAUUACUAUUCAAAGGUUUGAUAUAGACUGGUGGUAAAAUGAGUGCAUGGAAAGUGUUAAAAUACCACCAUCUGAAAUACCCUAGGCUUCAAAAAUGUCCCAAAUAGGACAUGAGUGCAUGAUAACCAGCUGUGAAUGUUCCAAGUUGGAAAACUGGAAUGCACACCUCCAAAUAAGUUCUUGAAGCCCCCAGAGAACCCUACACAUAUAUACAUGGGUGGUAUCACUGUACUCAGGAGAUGUUGCUGAGCACAUAUUGGGGUGUUCUUUGGCAGUAACCCUUAAAGUUAUCAGUACAUGUUUUCUUAAAUUGCUAUGUGUGUCAAAAAAAAAUCACUAAGUAUUAUUAUUAUUUUUUAAAUUUGGCAUAGAUUGGUGGUAAAAUGGUUGCAUGAAACGAGUAAAAAUGCCCUAAGUUUAAUACCUUAGGUUUUCUUCUUUUAAAAAAGAUAUACAUGUGAAGGGAUUGCUGAAAGAUGUCAGUGUUACAAUGUAACAUUCUUUAAUUUUGAAAAAAAAAAUGGUUUGGAAAUAGCAAAGUGCUACUUGUACUUAUUGUCCUAGAACUUUCCAAAAAAAAAAAGCUAAAAACAUGUUAACAUUGGGUUUUUCUAAACAAAAUUUAUAAACUAUUUAGCACGGGUGUUUCUUGGCAGUUGUAAAGGUUUGGUUUUUUUUUACAUUUUUUCAUCAGAUUUUAUAAUUGUUUUUAUAGUAAAUUAUAUGAUAUGAUGAAAAUAAUGGUAUCUUUAGAAAGAACAUGUAAUGGCUAGACAAACGGUAUAUAAUAUGUGUGGGUACAGUAAAUGAGUAAGAGGAAAAUUACAGCUAAAUACAAACACAGUGUCGCUGUUACUGAGACAUGGUAUAAUGGGAAAAAUGACUGGGACAUAGCAAUACCAGGGUACUCUUUAUAUAGAAAAGACAGGGAAAGCAAGAAAGGGGGAGGGGUGGCCCUGUAUGUGAAGGAUAGCAUAAAAUUUAGCCAAAUAAAAGUUAGUGAGGCGAACAUAGAGUCUGUUUGGGUUAUGUUAGAAUUUGGUAAUCACACAGUAACUCGUGUAGGUGGGAUUUAUAGGCCCCCAGGACAAAUAGAAGAGUUGGAUAAUCUACUAGUUGAGGAAAUAGCUAAAAUGACAAUGAAGGGAGAAGUUAUCAUCAGAGGUGACUUUAAUCUUCCUGAUGUGAAUUGGAAAACCAAAAUAGCUGCUUGUGCCAGGGGCACACAUGUUCUAAACUACCUACUGGGAUUGUCUCUAAAACAAGUCGUUGAGGAGCCAACUCGUAAAGACGCCAUACUAGAUUUAGUGUUAACAAAUGGAGAUUUGGUAUCAGUGUGGUUAAUAUAAGAACAGUGACUGAGUCACACCACACAAAAACAAAAGUUUUAGACUUUAAAAAAAACAGACUUUUCUAAAAUUAGAAUAUGUGUAAAGGAGUCAUUAUCAGACUGGAGCAAUUUAAAUGGAGUCCAAGAGAAAUGGGAUUAUGUAAAAGUUGCACUGCUGAAGGCAAAAAUUCUAUGUGUAUAUUUAAGUAAUCUUUUAACAUAAUUAUGUGAUUUGAUUAAUUAAAAUUUGAUUGACAUACCUGACAACACAUGGAGAAAGUGCAGAGAAUUUAAUAUAGCACUAUAUUUGACCCUGUAACUCUCCAAGACACCAUAAAACCUGUACAUAGGGGGUACUGUUUUACUCGGGAGACUUUGCUGAACUCAAAUAUUAGUGUUUCAAACUGGUAAAUUGUAUUACAACGAUGAUAUUUUAAGUAAAAAUGACAUUUGUUGCAUUUGUUAACAAACAAACAGCACUUUUAUGGACUAUAUUAUUGUUGCAAUAUGUUUUACUGUUUUAAAACAUUAAUAUUUGUGUUUAGUAAAGUCUCCCGAGAAUAACAGUACCCCCCAUGUACAGGUUUCUAUGGUGUUUUGGAAAGUUAGAGAGUCACAUAUAAGGCUUGCAUUUCAUUUUUUUGACAUUAAAAUUUGCCGGAUUGGUUAUGUUGCCUUUGAGAGCCUAUGAUAGCCCAGGAAUGAGAAUUACCCCCAUGAUGGCAUACCAUUUGCAAAAGUAGACAACCCAAGGUAUUGCAAGUGGGGUAUGUCCAAUCUUUCUGAGUAGCCACUUAGUCACAAACACUGACCAAAUAUUAGUUUAUUGCUUUUUUCACACCAAAACAAAUAUGAAUGCUAACUUUGGCCAGUGUUUGUGACUAAGUGGCUACUAAAAAAGACUAAACAUACCCCACUUUCAAUACCUUGGGUUGUCUACUUUUUCAAAUGGUAUGCCGUUUAUGGGGUAAUUCUCAUUCCUGGGCUACCACACCGUCUUAAAGGUAACAUAACUAAUCUGGCAAAUUUCAAUGUGAAAAUGGAACGUUCUAUAUUUGAUCCUGUAACUUUCCAAAACACCAUAAAACCUGUUAAUGGCUUCAACAGAAGAAAGUACUGUUGUACAGCUUUAUGCAAGUCAACAAUUCUUAAUCGUAGGUCUUCUGAGAGCUCUUUUUUGCGAGGCAUCAUUCACAUCAUGCAAUGCUUCUUGUGAAAAGCAAACCCAGAACUGGUGUGUGUUUUUUAUAGGGCAGGGCAGCUGUAACCAACACCUCCAAUCUCAUCUCAUUGAUUGGACUCCAGUUGGCUGACAUCUCACUCCAAUUAGCUCUUGGAGAUGUCAUUAGUCUAUGGGUUCACAUACUUUUUCCACCUGCACUGUGAAUGUUUACAUGGUGUGUUCAAUAAAAACAUGGCAACAUUUCAUUCUUCGUGUGUUAUUAGUUUAAGCAGACUGUGAUUGUCUAUUGGUGUGACUUAGAUGAUGAUAAGAUCACAUUUUAUGAACAAUUUGUGCAGAAAUCCAUAUCAUUCCAAAGGGUUCACAUACUUUUUCUUGCAACUGUAUGUUAGUCGCUUUAAUACUAUUAUCAGUCGCUUUAAUACUUCCAUCAGUCGCUUUAAUACUAUCAACAGUCGCUUUAAUACUAUCGACAGUCGCUUUAAUAUUUUCAUCAGUCGCUUUAAUACUAUCAACAGUCGCUUUAAUACUUUGUUACCACAAGUCUGUGAUGACAUGUGAGCAUAGUCUUUUCAGGGCUUGUUUUAGGCCUCUUGGUCUGGGUAUGCAGCUGUGUUGGGUGUUCGGAUACAGUCCAGGUUGUGUUCACCCUUGCUUAGCAGUGUGGUAGGCACCUCAGCCUAUACCCAGCGCUGGUAGGACUCUUGGGCUGUUGCUUUUAGUCCCUUCAUCAUGGUUGCAUGGCCCAAUAUCUCCGUUUCGGGGGUCAGCUGCAGUGUGUCUCUUCUUGGUGUGCGGUUUCACAAUCGCUUGUGUUGCCACAGUGGUUGGGAAGAGGUAUCUGGUGUUGCACUGGUAGCCGGGUCUAAGGUCCGGUGCUUUACUUGUGUGUGUCGCUGGGUUUGAGGUCCCGGUGUUGUUUGUGUGCGGGUGGGUGUGUGUGUCCGCGAGGCCUGUGCCGAUUUCCACCACGAGGCCCUCCGGUAUCUAUUUUGCCUGACGGCCAUCUUGGAUGCUCGGGGUACUUGUUGGUAGUACCUGUGUCUCGCUGUUGGUCAUGUCCAGGAGGCCACCAUUAGAUCAGCUUGGCGGUGAGUUGCCCCUCGACUUUGCAGUGCUGCCCUGAGGCCAGCGCACGUCCUGUCAAAUAUUUUUAUGGGGGAUAUGUGCGUCUGUUGCCCCACAAUUUUAUUGUGGCUGAUUUGCUCAUGAUCCUUGCUGGUCCAUGCAUCCAGAGGGGACCGGCAUGUCCCCCACCGGUCCAGAGGGGGGGUUAGCUGAAGUAUUAUCGCUGGUGGGCUCUUGCGCCGAGGAGAGCUGCUGUCUCCCCUCUGCUUCAGCCCCAGUAGGCCGCAUUUGGAACUCAGCGUUCCCGGCGUCGACAGGCACCGGGGUGGUGUCUUUAUGUUCAGCGGGGCACCCCCGACGUGGGUGGCGCACCUUUCCGAUGAUUGUGUGCUUGGCAGCUUUUUCCCCGGAUUCCGCCCGCUGGGUCAGUGCUCGUGGCAGGUGCGUCUGCACGGCUCUGUGGUCAGACUCCGCCUUUCUUUCUUUCUUUAAAUCCUUAUAUUUUAAAAUAUCUUUCCUGUUAGAGAUUCUAACUUCUUCUAAAGCAUCAUUAAGAUUCUUUUCAUUAUACUUUUUACUUAAAAAACAUAUCUUUUAAAAAAAGAGGCUUAAUAAUUACAAAUUUUCAGAGAGGAGAAAUGUCUCCUUAGAUGCAAGAAUUGGCUCUUAGGUAUACUCUUUAACCAAGGGUCAAAAUGGCAACUAGAUUGGUCGAAAAUCAUAUUGGUAUAAACUUUCUUAAAAAAUGUUUCAGUUCUAAUUGUAUUAUCAUGAAUAAAAAUGUUUAUAUCUAAAAAAUUAAUAGAUUAUUUACUAUAUUCAUGAUUUUAAAUGAGUCCUUUGUCACUAAAAUUAAGAUAUUUUAAAACUAACUCAAAGAUUUAACAGGUUCAUCCAAUAUAAAAAGAGGUCAUCUAUAUAUCGGUAGUAACAGACCAGGUUUGUCUCCUAACCAUGAUAACCCAAAAGCGCUGUGGUUUCCCAGUGCCUUAAAAAGAUUAGAAUAGUUGGGAGCAAAUCUGGUUCCCAUAACAUUUCCUUUUUUUCUAAGUAAACAAUAUAUAGGAACCAAAAUAGUUGUUUUUUAAAAUUAUAAUAAUGCUUUCGGUGAUAAAAUAAAUUUGGUGUGCAGAGAUAUUAAUUAAUUAAUCUUUUUUUUAAAAAUUCUAGUUAUAGCUUUACAGCCAUUAUUAUAAGGAACUGUGGUGUACAGUGAUUUUACAUCGCAUGUGACUAGAAUAUAGCUAGGUUUUCAUUCAAUAUUUUCCAGAGCUUGAAGGAGAGACAUAGUCUUUUAAAUUAGGCUUUAACUGUUUUACCUAGGGUGAACGCAGUAUGUUUAAAUACUCUAAGUUUGAAAUAACAGAAUUGAUACUAGAUACUAUUGGUCAUCCUGGAGGGAACUGCUCAUUUUUAUGGAUUUUUGGAAGAAAGUAGAUGACAGGUAUUUUGGGAUAUAAAACAUUUAAAUAAGUAAACGUGUGUUUAUUAAGAAUAUUUAGUUAUCUCCCUUUAAUGAGAUAUUGAGUUAAAAUAUAUUAAAUUCUAGAAGUUGGAUUCUCAGAUAAUUUUUAUUCACUUUUGCAUCAGUAAAUUGUUUAAAGGCUUUUUCAGUAUACAUUUUUUUUACAAAUAACAAUAUGCUGUUCAUAUUUUUAUUUAUUUUCAUUUUCUCUAGAGCUUUGGUCACUGUCACGUAUGCUUUAAUGGGGCCAGAUAACCAGGUAACCAUGAUAAAAUGUGGAUUUUAUUUAAAUUAGUUGUUAUUAUUGAAGGAUUUGUUUCACAUAUCGGAAGGGAAUUCAUAUUUUCAGAAUUUAUACUAAUAAAAAAUAUUUUUACUGUUGCCUUUCAUAAAAAUUUAUUCACAUCUAUAAAGCCUAGACAUGUUUAAAAGAAUGAAUAGGAGCAAACAUAAAACCUAUACUGAAAACAUUGUGUCAAAGUUAAAACUUUUUGAGAUAAAUGAAAAAUUCCUAAUUCUUUCUCAGUUUUCUUGAUUAAAAUGUAUCUCUGUUGUUUCUAUUUUGUGAUCCUCUUCCACCUCUCCUUCCUCUAACAUUAGACUUCUUUUCCUUCCUAUUUAGAGGUAUUGAUGUGGUGGACUGGUUGGGAAUUGUCAUGAUUUCUAAAAAUAUUUCAUCUUGAUUAACAUCAGAGUCAAUAGAUAACAACUGGUACUUAUGGUUGUGAUGGAAAAUAGUGGGGGAUUUAGGUGGGUUGAUUUGUUCAUGGUAUUCUGUCACCUAUCAAAGGCAUAUACAGUAGCAAGAAAAAGUGACUGUUGACAAUAUUAAAGCGACUGUUGAUAGUAUUAAAGCGACUGAUGAAAAUAUUAAAGCGACUGUCGAUAGUAUUAAAGCGACUGUUGAUAGUAUUAAAGCGACUGAUAAUAGUAUUAAAGCGACUAACAUACAGUUGCAAGAAAAAGUAUGUGAACCCUUUGGAAUGAUAUGGAUUUCUGCACAAAUUGUUCAUAAAAUGUGAUCUUAUCAUCAUCUAAGUCACAACAAUAGACAAUCACAGUCUGCUUAAACUAAUAAAACACAAAGAAUGAAAUGUUGCCAUGUUUUUAUUGAACACACCAUGUAAACAUUCACAGUGCAGGUGGAAAAAGUAUGUGAACCCUUGGAUUUAAUAACUGGUUGAACCUCCUUUGGCAGCAAUAACUUCAACCAAACGUUUCCUGUAGUUGCAGAUCAGACGUGCACAAUGGUCAGGAGUAAUUCUUGACCAUUCCUCUUUACAGAACGGUUUCAGUUCAGCAAUAUUCUUGGGAUGUCUGGUGUCAAUCGCUUUCUUGAGGUCAUGCCACAGCAUCUCAAUUGGGUUGAGGUCAGGACUCUGACUGGACCACUUCAGAAGGCGUAUUUUCUUCUGUUUAAGCCAUUCUGUUGUUGAUUUACUUCUAUGCUUUGGGUCAUUGUCCUGUUGCAACACCCAUCUUCUGUUGAGCUUCAGCUGGUAGACAGAUGGCCUUAGGUUCUCCUGCAAAAUGUCUUGAUAAACUUGGGAAUUCAUUUUUCCUUCGAUGAUAGCAAUCCAUCCAGGCCCUGACGCAGCAAAGCAGCCCCAAACCAUGAUGACCCCUGGGAUGGGGUUUGGUGUUGGUGUGCUGUAGCUUUUUUUCGCCACACAUAGUGUUGUGUGUUUCUUCCAUACAACUCAACCUUGGUUUCAUCUGUCCACAGAAUAUUUUGCCAGUACUGCUGUGGAACAUCCAGGUGCUCUUGUGCAAACUGUAAACGUGCAGCAAUGUUUUGUUUGGACAGCAGUGGCUUCCUCUGUGGUUUCCUCUCAAGAAAUCCAUUCUUGUUUAGUGUUUUAUGUAUUGUAGAUUCGCUAACAGGGAUCUUAGCAUUUGCCAGUGACUUUUGUAAGCCUUUAGCUGACACUCUAGGAUUCUUCUUCACCUCAUUGUGCAGUCUGCGCUGUGCUCUUGCAGUCAUCUUUACAGGACGGCCACUCCUAGGGAGAGUAGCAGCAGUGCUGAACUUUCUCCAUUUAUAGACAAUUUGUCUUACCGUAGACUGAUGAACAGCAAGGCUUUUGGAGAUACUUUUAGAACCCUUUCCAGCUUUAUGCAAGUCAACAAUAAUCGUAGGUCUUCUGAGAGCUCUUUUGUGCAAGGCAUUAUUCACAUCAGGCAAUGCUUCUUGUGAAAAGCAAACCCAGAACUGGUGUGUGUUUUUUAUAGGGCAGGGGAGCUGUAACCAACACCUACAAUCUCAUCUCAUUGAUUGGACUCCAGUUGGCUGACAUCUCACUCCCAUUAGCUCUUGGAGAUGUCGUUAGUCUAGGGGUUCACAUACUUUUUCCACCUGCACUGUGAAUGUUUACAUGGUGUGUUCAAUAAAAACAUGGCAACAUUUCAUUCUUUGUGUGUUAUUAGUUUAAGCAGACUGUGAUUGUCUAUUGCUGUGACUUGGAUGAUGAUCAGAUCACAUUUUAUGAACAAUUUGUGCAGAAAUCCAUAUCAUUCCAAAGGGUUCACAUACUUUUUCUUGCAACUGUAUCCAUCACAGGACUGAGUAUACUGUAUGCUAUGAAGAUCAGAGCUUAUUUAAAGCUCUGCUAAAUGUGAGUGGGCCCUUUGGUUGUUGGAAUCUACACCAUUGUCUUUAUUUUCCUUUUUUAGUAUGUACCGGUGGAGUGAAACCUAAUCUAUUGUGGAAGAAAGAAUACUGGAUAUUGAAAAGUGUGAACAUUAUCCGAUUUAACUUUUUUUCAUAAUUUUCAUUUAGCACAGCCUGUGUUUCUUUUUUUUUUAGUUGUGUUUAUGCUUGUUAUAUAGGGGCCAAAGGGAGUUCCACUGUUCUACAGUAUUUGUUGCCUUAUUUAUUCACCAUUUAUUGUCUAGCGCUUAGCCAUACCUGUACUAAAAAGCUGUUCUUCUUUACUGCUUCUAACUUACCUAGUAAAGGGACACUAUUGAAAGUUUGGAUGUACUUUAAGAAAUAUACAGUAGAUGGUGUCACAGUAUAUUAUACAGUGAGUGUGUCCGCUGUCAGGAUUGGUUGUCAGUUUCCUUGAUUGUACAAUAUAUGACAAAGAGUAAAGAGAAACAGGCAGUGUGUGAUCAUGGCUUCCAGCCUGUGGAAGAUCUUGAGUUUCCCCUGGAUUUCAGUGACUUUAUAUCAGAUCCUGCAGUUAGUUUUCCUGCUGUCCUUGGCUCUCCUGCUGCUGAAAUUCAUUUCACUUUAUAAAAGAUGGAGAAAACUGGAAGCAGCUUUUCAAAGCUUUCCUGGCCCCCCGGGUCACUGGCUGUUUGGACAUGUCACACAGGUGAGAAUCUUUAUCUUAAAGGGACAAUGGCACAGUGGCUUUACAAUAAGAGUUUGCUAUAGUCACCAAAUUACAGUAACAAAGUUACUAAACAGCUUAUUAGAAAUAAUAGUAAUAUGUUAUAAUGUAUCAUAUAUCGGAUCGCAAUUUAAGUAGAAACUGUCUCAAUAUUGUAGGACUGUAUUGUUUUCAUCGUCACAGUAUAUAUUAUUGAAGUGUUACUGAUGUGCAAGAAGCUGUAGAUCCACAUAUAAACAAUUUAGACUGAGACACAACAAAGUACUGGGUUCUCUUCCCACAAAUUUUCCCACAGUCCAAUCUCCAGUAAAAUUAGAGAAUUUGCAUAGUUUUGCAUUAUAUGCCUUUAUGUGCCUGGGAAAGGGGAAUUAUUUUAAUCAAAUCUAAAUUUAAGAAAAAUUAAACUAACAUGGUUGUAUUUAUCUUGCAUGAAUUGUCUGGAACUCAAAAUGAAUUUAAAUGUUUUAGCCAAAACAGGCAAAAAAAAGCUGACUUGUAGAAUUUUUCCAGUUUGGUUUUUUUUUUUGGUCCAAAAAUAUCAACUUCUCUUUGAAUGCACUUUGAAGUUCCAGCAAUUCAUAUUAUGCAGAUAUUUUUUUUACUAAACUCCAAACUGGAUUAAUCUGAAACUUAAUAAUAACAAUAAAGCCUUAAACUAAUUCUGCAAUAGUCAAUAUGUAACUUUAGCCGAAGUUGGUAAAUGGUUCCAGAUCAGCUAUUUUAGUCAGCUUUCAAUUCCGCACAGUUUGGAGUUUAGUGAAUAAACCCUGAAAUUAUUGUUUAGUGCCACAACAAUAACAACAACGACAAUAGAAAAUGUGAUAUCUCCCUGUGCUAUCUGUCUAAAUAUACUGUAAUCCUAUUCAGGAUGGUUAAUCUUUAAUGGAUAUAUGCUAUGGGUUUCUUGGGAGGAAUUUGAUCUGUUGGUUAUUUCUUGAGAUCCCAAUACAGAUAGGAAUCUUUACAGAAUUACAUUCCUCUUGAUUAGCAAUCUUAUCUUCAAAAAGGUUAUUUGCCCCACAAAUGUGAGUGAAGAGUUUAGAGUAAAAAAAAAAGAAAAGGUUUAUAAAGUAAAGGGUUGCUCCAAGCACUGUGACCACUUUUGCUUUUAGAAGUGGUUAUGGAGCAAGCAUUCUGUAUGUGCAGGUCUAUCAGCUGUCCAUUAAAAAUAAAUGUUUAUAGUGUUCCCUUGUAGAAUAAUUCCCAAAUAAAGAAAACAUUGAUACCAUCUGUCCCUUACUCUCAAUCCAGACACCCAUAUCUAAUGUGAAUGUGUAGAGAGAAUAUGUAAUAUUUUACACACCUAUCACUCCCUUGACCAGCCGCUUGUCUACCCCACACUCCCUUCCCUCCUCAGCUCAGAGCGAGUUCAAUCCAUGCAUGCGAUCUGACCAUGUGAGAUCAGUUCAACAAUAUAAUGGUUCCCUCAAAGAGUGAAACAGGAACACGGAAUGAUGACGGAUGGGGCGUGGAAAGGAUUGGGGAGUACUUUGCUUGGUGCUGUAUUCAAGUAAAAUUUAAAGCUUAUUGUACAGGCUUUUUGGAAACAAUAUCGGGAGAGAGGGGAGUGACAGAACCAUAGGGAAACUAAAUUUAGGCUAGAGUACCACAGCUGUAACUGUAGCUCAGCUGGAAAAUGUUUCCAAAUUUGCUAAUUUGGACCACAUUUUACAAUAUUAUUUUAACUCACAACAAUUUGAUGUUUAUUAACAUAUAACAAUAAUAAUAAUAAUAAUAAUAAUAAUAAUAAUAAUAAUAAUAAAAGAAACAACACUAUGUGGGAGAUACUUACUGAGAACAGCAAAAACGUAAUAGCUUGAUCUUGGUUAGGUCACAUUGAGCAUACAUUUUAUGUCCUAGUCCCAGGUUUGGUGGAAGAAUCCAGACUUUGGAAUCCAGUCCCACAAACAAACAUGGACAAGUCCUGAGAAAGCACAGAGGGCACAAAUAGAUCAUUAGACAUGGUCAUGAUUUAUAGGUCAUAUUGCUCUCAGGGCUUUAAGCAGUGCUCUGCAUAUAGUCAGUGCCAAGUGGUACUGGCCUGUGUGGCUACCUGUCAGCCUAGUGGGCAUGCAUGCUGGACUAACAUACCCCUUUUUUCAGGAUUUUUCAAUCUGCUCCACAUCAUAGCAUUCCCAUCCACAACAUGACCACUUCCUGAGCUCAUAUUUCUUACAGUGGAUCUGUCACCUUCUGAAGUCUUUGUAUAUUUUGCAAAGACCCCCUAUGGGUGACUUUGCAGCAUGGUGGGUGGUGGUCCAAGACUGCAGCGAAAGUAACUUACCUGAUGCUGUCCCCUGCAGUUGCGGUCAUCUUUUUUCUAUAGCUUUUGACACUUCAUUCACCAGGAAGCAAUGUCAGUGCAAGAAAGUCCAACAUGGAUGUUUAUGGAGGAUAAUGCAAGUCUGCAGGAACCUCCAUAGAUGUUAUUUUGCAAUUAGCAAGGCAUCAUCUUAUUCCUACAGCUGUUGCUAGCGAAGGCUGGGAGAAGUGACAAAACUUGAUGGCAGUAGUUCUGCCAUUUGUCAAGUUUUGUCAACUCGAGGAUUCUACAUAAGACAAAGUAGUAUCUACUUUGAUUUAUGAUAUAUUUUGUUCGCAUUGGAAAGUCAAUGAAAUUCCAACACAGUCUUUAUGAAAGACUGAAAAGAAAGAAGAUUCCUCUAGACCAAAAUGGUUCGACCACGCUAACCAUUUUGAUGUUUUAAGGUUUUGUUUUCCAAUUCAGAUACUUUGACCUAAAAUAUGAAAUUUACUUUUAAUUCACUUUGUGAGAUUUUUCAACCCCUGGUUGUUCAUGUUAUUAGUGCAUUGGAAUAAACUAGAGUCCAGAAAUUACAUUCUAAGAGAUUUACCAUUUUACCACUACGUACUUCAAUAUGUGCAGAAAGAACAUGUAGCUAUUGCUUUUGGGUUCCUUUAAUGUUCAGCUGACCAUCCCAAUAGAGGACGUUUUUAAAAUUAAUUUAUGUUUUUACACAGUAAUAAGCAAUGUGAACCCCACAUGUCUUGAUUUUAAUACAUAUCUGCUGAAAAAAACAAAACAAGGUUUGUAUCAUGUCUGUCUAUGUGCCUUUUUUCCAGUUCCAGCGAGAUGGUAAAGACCUGGAUAGGGUAGUUGCCUUUGCAGAACAAUACCCAAAUGCUUUUCCGAUGUGGGUAGGAAAAAUAUUUGCCAACUUGAUCAUAGUUCAUCCAGAAUAUGCCAAAGCAAUACUCGGACGAUCAGGUGGGAGAGCAUAGCUGUAUGUUUCUUUCAGCUGAUAGAUACAUUGUAAAUGUUAAAGUGUGGUGCUUGACAAGGGAGACGACUGGUCCUUUUAGCCAUCUUCAGUUAUAACUCUCAGAAUUACCACUUGACAGUCAUCUUGUAGAUAAUGUAAACAUGGCAUAUACCAUGAACAUCUAUUGAAUCUUACAUCUCAUAUUAAAAUGUUGUUGUGUUUUGAGGACACUUAGUUUUUAGAAAGUGACUGAUUAGUGGAUCUAUACUAAAUUUUCUCAAAAAACUUUUUCAUGCUCCCUUCUCUCACAUCAAAUAGUCCUCUCUGUAUCUGUGUUUAUCUAUCUAUCUAUCGAUCAAUUAAGAUCUCAUGGGGUCCUAGGCAGGUUACCAAUUUAGGACAUCCAUUCAUUCUUCACAUAGGGAUGGAUGCUGGGUCAAGCAAAUUUAUGGAUCCAGGGCCGGUGUCUAACUCCUAGGCUCUAGGCAGCUUCCUAAGGUCACCUUAUGGUUAAUCCUGAUCUCUAUCUAUCUAUCUGUCGAUCUAUCGUUACCUAGCCAUCCAUCUAAUAACUAUAACACACCCAGCUAACCAUGCAUUACCUAUACUUCCAUAUUAAAUUAAAUCUUAUGAACAAAUUAGUAGGGACAUUUCCCUGUCCAUUUCCUAGAACAUAGAGAUAAACAUGUCCUUUUAUUUCGUUCUUGGCAUUUAUUAACCACCAAUUCUUCAUCCUUUUUUCAGAUCCCAAAACUCCCAUUGCCUACAACUUCUUGGUUCCUUGGAUAGGUAUGUACCUGCUUUUUCUGAGCAGCUGACAUUCUUACAGCAAAACAUAGAUUUGCAUGAGGUUCUGGUUGGAAAAGCACUCCAUGUUUUGGCAAUAUUUCUGGAAUGUUUGAUUGAAAGCGGACAUUUUGGUGUCCAUGCGGCAUGAUGCAAGAGCAACCAAAAAAGUAACUAGACAGCUGUGAAGCAACCACUGGACUGUGGCAGAAAGGAUGAUAGUCAAUAAGGUAGAUGUAAAUAUUUAUUGGAGGAGGGAAAUAGAGAGAAAAAUUGAAAAAAAAAGGGAAGGGGGAGAGGGGUUAGGAAUAAAUCUAUGCUCAAUUCCAAAUCUUAUAGCCCUAAAAGUAAUGCAAACUCUGCAUUAAAUUUUAUGCUAAUAAUGUCAAUGUUAAUCACUAAAGUGAGAAUUCAAAAUUCAUUUUAAAAUUGAGACCAAAAUAGAAAAACUGGAAACGUCCUCCAAGUUCGCAGUGUUUUCGGAUCAGCUACUUUGACUUUAGAUUUUAAAUUUACUUUGUUAAAGCCCAGUUAAUAUUUUUGGAUAAAGCUUUAAAAUAUUUUUUAUCAAAAUAUUAUAGUACCAUACACUGUAUAUAUUUUGAAAGUUUAAUAUAGUUUAAUGGUGAAAUCAUCUGAGCAUCUUACAUUCUUAUUCUUUAUUUUGAUAAUUUUUACAGUGAAUAUUAUUAUUUAUUUACUUAUUUAUUUAUUAAUUUAGUUAUGUUUCACCCAAAAAUGAAAGCUAGAAAACCAAACAAAAAAAAAAACAAAAAAACAAUUUGAUCUGAUUUCUAGACACUGGGGAAAUGUUCUAAUCCUUAGUCCUCAUGCAGCCUCUUACUGGGUGCAUAUAUUUUGGAGAUGCACACAGUGCUUUCCAUGCAGAAAUUCACUAUGAGGCAGAUCUUGAUGAGCAGUGAUGAAUUUAGCUUUGGCUGCCCUAGCCUCAGUUAUACUUUAUUGAGUUCAGACAUACGUAUACAGUAAGUAUGGCAACACACACACACGCACUCAUACAUACAUGCAUACAUAGGUCAUAUAUAUACAUUUCUCCCUACAUUUCAAAUAGACAAAGAGGUACAGUUCAGUUUUAGGGGUGUGAGUGGGGGUAUGGCCUUGGGCAGGGCUGUUCCAAGAAAUUUUAGGUGACUUACUCAUAACUAUUUUUAACAACUAAAAUAUAAUUAAGAACAAGAACAAUGUAUCUUAUUUACAUUAACAAAUAUAUUGUAGUUUAAAGACACAUUACUGGGAUUAUUAUUACUGUAGAGCUCUGUUAUACACUCAGACACAUUACUGGGAGUAAUAUUGCUGUGGAGCUCUGUUAUACACAGGCACAUUACUGGGUGUAUUAUUGCUGUGGAGCUCUGUUAUACACUCAGACACAUUACUGGGAGUAUUAUUGCUGUGGAGUUGUGUUAUACAGUCAGACACAUUGCUGAGAGUAAUAUUGCUGUGGAGCUCUGUUAUACAAUCAGACACAAUCCUGAGAGUAUUAUUGCUGUGGAGCUCUGUUAUACAGUCAGACACAUUUACUGGGAGUAUUAUUGCUGUGGAGCUAUGUUAUACACUCAGACACAUUAGUGAGAUUAUUAUUGCUGUGGAGCUCAGUUAAACACUCAGACACAGUACUGGGAGUAUUAUUGCUGUGGAGCUCUGUUAUACACUCAGACACAUUACUUGGAGUAUUAUUGCUGUGGAGCUCUGUUAUACACUCAGACACAUUACUUGGAGUAUUAUUGCUGUGGAGCUCUGUUAGAAACUCAGACACAUUACUGGGAGUAUUAUUGCUGUGACGUUGUGUUAUACACUCAGAGGCCCUUACGAUCUGCUGAAGACUCACGUCUAUCUUCUGUCCGUACUCCCACCUCUGAUGCUCGCCUUCAAGAUUUCUCGAGGGCUGCACCGUUCCUGUGGAACUUGCUUCCCUCCUCCAUUAGAUGCUCACCCAUUCUCCACUCCUUCAAAAAAUCAUUAAAAACCCACUUCUUCAUAAAAGCGUAUCAAUGAAACUGUUAAUAGCUCCCGACUGAUUCCUCUUCUGAAACUGUCACUAGUCUAAUACUAUCCUUACCUUUUUGUGUCAUUUUACCCCACUCCCUCUAGCAUGUAAGCUCAUUGAGCAGGGCCCUCAACCCCUCUGUUCCUGUGUGUCCAACUUGUCUGGUUAAAACUACAUGUCUGUUUGUCCACCCAUUGUAAAGCGCUGCGGAAUUUGAUGGUGCUAUAUAAAUACCAUAAUGAUAAUAAUAAUAAUUAGAUUAGAUGCACUCUAUAUAUGUGUAUGGUUGAUAUGAAAAAAUAUUCCUCUCCUCUCCCUUCAGCUUAUCUCUGUCACCUAGGGCUAAGGAACAGAAGAUGGCAUUGUCCUACAGUCUGUGGCCUCUACUGGUGGGGGAAAAGGGGAGCUACAGUCUCAAUUCCCAUCUCAGCAACCACUGUCUAUAGCAACAGGCUGGAAAUGAUGAGAAAAUGGUGGCCCGCAUUCUACAGUCAUAUUAACUGCUUGCUGCAAGAACCCUAGUUCACGUCCUGAGGACUCAUGGGAAUGGUAGGGGAGAGCAUACCAUGGGAACAUUUAAAAUGAUACAGGUAGCUGCCUUAGGAAGUAUCUGUUGGAUGAUUUAAAAAAUAAAUCCAGAAUCUCUCAGCAACCGCCAUCCUGACACUUUUGCCCAGUUCUAGUCAGUCUACGCCCAAAUAUCAAAAUUGAUGAGUGUGGUAAGUCACAAUUACAUAUAGACACACAGUCUAUUAGAUUAGAUGCACUCUAUAUAUGUGUAUGGUUGAUAUGAAAAAAAUAUUCCUCUCCCCUCCCUUCAGCUUAUUUAUGUCACCAGGGGCUGAGGAACAGAAGAUGGCAUUGUCCUACAGUCUGUGGCCUCUACUGGUGGGGGAGGAGGGGAGCUACAGUCUCAGUUCCCAUCUCAGAAACCACUGCCUAUAGCAACAGGCUUGAAAUUAUGAGAAAAUGGUGGCCCACAUUCUACAGUCAUGUUAACUGCUUGCUGCAAGAACCCUAGUUUACAUCCUGAGGACUCAUGGGAAUGGUAGGGGAGAGCAUACCAUGGGAACAGUUAAAAUGAUACAGGUAGCUGCCUUAGGAAGUAUCUGUUGAGUGAUUUAAAAAAUAAAUCCAGAAUAUCUCAGCUCCCUCCAUCCUGACACCUUUGCCCAGUUCUAGUCAGUCUCUGCCCAAAUAUCCAGAUUGAUGAGUGUGGCGGAAUUCACCUAUGUUCCCUUAUGAUUUCCUGGUUUGUUCGGUAAAACCGCGUUCACCUAAUUAUUACCAUUGUUUUGUUCGACUACCGAACAAACCAACGAAAGAUCCAGACCACCUGUAUGGUUGUUAACCUGCAUCACCCCUGUUAACACUUCCAUAAAGGUUCACACCUCAGUGUUUUAAAUGGUCGGCUGGGUGGCCAACGUUUGUAUGUGCGAACACGUGGUGUUGGCCAUCUUGUUUUGGCGAAUGCAGACAGCGGUGUUUGGUCGUCGAGUGCAUGGAACUAAAAUUGGACACUCAACCUCGCAAACACCGCUGAACUUCCAUCUCCGCCUGCAUUCAUUUCUAUACAUCUGAAAAGAACACUGUUCAGUGGAAUCAUUCCUACGAAUGAGGGGCACACAAUUAGCAUACGGGUGAAAGCAUCCAUUUGGUAUUUUGUGCAUUUUCAUGUUCCCGAAAGAGACUACCCCAGAUUCUAUUGAACUACAUGUGCAGUCGGUCAAAACUUUACCCCGGUCGCAUUUUGGCUGUUUUCAUGGGAUCUGAGCGCUUUUUGGAUAUGUUGUGCAUUCCGAUCCCGGCUUUCUGGGGAUAUACUUGAGGGUGUACAUGGUUGUUUUAUGUGUUGUGAUCCUUGUUUGCAGGUAGCACGGCCCUCUAGGGUAAAAACAUGCACAGUCCUUGUAAUUGCAUAUACUCAGGCACUUUAUUUGCAAAUCCACACAGGAUACAGCAGUAAAUUAAAACAUAAAUGAAACACAAAACCCUAUAAACAAAAACCUAGCUCGGUCUGAGCACUAACUAACUUUGAAUGUCCCUCUCUAUCAGGGUUAAACUAACAAAACAUAUGGCACCAACCUUAUUAGUUAGCAACACUCUGCUGGCUAGCCUGUUGCGUUCCUUUCCUGCACUCCCAGUGCUCCAAGCCAGCCUUGCCCUGACUGCUUUCCUUUCUGCACUCCCAGUGCUCCAAGCCAGCCUUGCCCUGACUGCUUUCCUUUCUGCACUCCCAGUGCUCCAAGCCAGCCUUGCCCUGACUGCUUCCUUUCUGCACUCCCAGUGCUUAGUCUCCUUGACUCUAUCUGGAGAGAACAGCUCUCUCUCCUACCUGCUUCCUGGGAGGAAGCCAGCAAUCCCUCUCCUACCUGCCUAGCCGGGAGGAGUUUAUUCCCACUGCAAUAGCUCAUUAACUGCAGCUGAGCAGUGGGUUGGAGACAAUCCAAAAAACCCUGGCCUGGAUCUAUGUCUCCCCAGAAAACCACUAAACUGUGGAGUGGAGCACUGGCCCACCCUUCUCUCCAAAUGCUCCACCCCAGGGGCCCAUAACUAAAUAAAGCUUUGUGUUGUGCAACACACAAACUACACGUACUUCCCCUGGGGUUAAAAGGCCUAUCUGCCUUCACUUUAUCACAGUGUGUUUUGGGUGUCAUAAAAAUUGUAGAUUUUUCUGUACCUGAGAGAUAAUUUCAUUAUGUUUUUUUUCCAGGUAAUUAUCUCUCAGGCACAGAGGAUCAUGGAAAGGAUUACCCUGUUAACUUGUAUGGGAAGCUUGUAGGGGCUUUUGCAUAAAAGGCCGUGUGUGGCUCUGAAUAAACCAGUUGACUCCCAGAAUUGUGUGUCGUCUGGUUACUGGGGGUUUGGGAUAUAUCUGCUAAACGGUACUUCUUUUACAGCUUCUGAGAACACCAGUGGAGAUUUCGGAUUUUAUUAUUGCAGCUCCGUUACAAUGAGGUCAUAGAAAAACGUUUUCUAGUUACAUAUAGAUAUAACUGCAUUUGGUAAAGAAUUAUCCUAGUCAUUAAACACGGAAAAUACAAUGUAAAAACCAAUAUAAAUUGUUAUCUGUUAUUUGUUGCAGGGAACGGGCUGCUGGUUUUGUCUGGAGAGACUUGGUUCCAGCAUCGCAGGCUUCUCACAUCAGGGUUUCACUAUGAUGUAUUAAAACCUUAUAUCAAAUUGAUCUCUGAUUCUACAAAUAUCAUGCUGGUAGGUGACGAAUACACAUUGUAACAUAUUUCAGAAGGUCUGCAAUAUGUGUUGAAAUCAAAAUUAAUGACAAAGAUCCACACUUCUAGGCUGAUCAAGUGAUAUGGAAAGGAAGGAACUCUUUUCAAAAUUUGAAUCGUAAAAUUCAAGGGGUAUUAAUUAAUAAUGGGUUAGCUUAUCUAAUGUACCACCUUCUGUCUCUACUUCGUGUCACUACAUCUGCAAACAAACGAAAGUCUUGCUGGUUUACAAUUAAUUCUGCUGUGUGACAUCACUGGCAUAUACCCCACAUAUACAAUUAAUGUAUUUUCCGCUGUCGAAUUCUAUAACGUGUGCGCAAUGCUUCAUAGAAUUCAGGAGUUGUGAUUGAGAUAUUGCUCACUGCUUCCCCAUCAGUUUAUUAUUGUGCAUUAUAUCCUUUAUUAUUGCAAUUUUGUUCUAGGGCAACUGGGAGCCUCUUUGCAGUAAGGGCCAGUCUGUGGAGUUAUUUCAGCACGUGAGCUUGAUGGCGCUAGACAGCAUCAUGAAAUGUGCCUUUAGCUACAAGAGCAACUGCCAGACUGACAAGUGAGUCCGCUCAUCUAUCCAAAACGUCCAGCAAUAUAGUCAUUAUUAACAUUCUAAGAAUGUUAAAAGAACACCAUGGUGUUCAUUAGCUACAAUAGACCAGAGAUAGUAAAUUAGCAUCCAUGAUUUAGAAUUUAGAAGGAAUUCCUGAAAACUAACUUCAUUGGAAUCAGUAUCUACUCCAUAGUCUAUAGUCUUGAUCAGCAUAUCAUUUUGGAUAAGCUUUUACAAUGAUUUAAUAUUUUUACAUAAACUUUUAAAUGAUUUAAUAUGUUGAAAAGCAUUUUAGUGUUUUGAUAUUGUUUUGAUAUAUAUAUUUUUUUUAUGUAUACAUUUUUCUAUUUGAAUCUUUUGAAAAAAUCAUUUUAAAAGUUUAUCCAAAAAUAUUAAAACAAGGAAAGUCAUUACUUGAAAAAAAAAAAACCUCCUGAACUGUUUCCACUAAAGUUGAUGAGUGAUCAUUCUCUAUAAAUAAAAUAAAAAUACUGUAUUAAUACUAACUAAGGUCUUUCUCUCUGUUUUGUGUUUAAACCUGGUUGUCUAUAGUCUAUAGGAAACCUCUACCUGAAUGUACUUUGAAAGAUAAAUGAUCUACUUGAUGUGAACAUCCCUUAUUCUCUUCUCUGACAUAUAAAGUGUUAAAACGGUCUAUGAAACUGUAACUCAGCCCAAAUACAUAAACGUGAAAAAUGGUUAUCAUGAGGAUAGAGAGAUUAAUACAACCUUUUCUUAUAACAGUAAGUCAGAAACAAAACAAUGAUGGGGAAAUGAUAUGAAUUAGAAAAUGGUAUUGACAGGAUGGACAUGUGAUUUUAAUUUGCCAUUGGUUGUAUUGGUGUUCUGGAAAGAGGACAACAUUUAGGGUUUGAGGUGUUUUAAAACUAUGAUACAGGGAGGGUAAGUUAGCUAGUGUAAGUUAAAAUAAUUUUAUAAGUAAAACUAAAGAUACGGUGUACUCACCUUACCAAUAGUGAUGUCCCAAAUGGUUCGCCGAAUGGUUUGCCGCGGACGGCGAACAAAUGCGGUAAACUUUGACCCUGUACCUCACAGUCAGCAGACACAUUCCAGCCAAUCAGCAGCUGACCCUCCCUCCCAGACCCUCCCACCUCCUGAACAGCAUCCUUUUUACAUUCAUUGUGAAGCUGCAUUCUUAGUGAGCUGUCCAGGAGGUGGGAGGGUCUGGGAGGGAGGGUCUGCUGCUGAUUGGCUGGAAUGUGUCUGCUGACUGUGAGGUACAGGGUCAAAGUUUACCGCAAAUUAACCUUUCGGCGAACCGUUCGGACAUCACUACUUACCAGCUAAGGGCUAAACUCCAAUAGAUAAUGAUCUGAGAUCAGUGUAUCAACCUGUACAACACAUGGGGGAACAUAGAACAUUUGACAACCAACAGAACUUCAAUGAUAAAAUGCUUUCUUUUAUUGAGAAUCAAAAAUAAAUAAUCAAAAAAAAUGGAUAUAGAGAAAUAUUGCACAUGAAAAUUUUAAAAUAUCUUGACCUGAGGACACCACAUGCCUUAGGUGUUUCAUACUUCUCAAGAACUUAUUUAGAGCCUGGAGAGACUCCUUCUCUCUACUUGCAUCCCUAAUAAUCUUUAUUUCACCCCAUUAUCUUAAGAUUUCUCAUGUUUCCAUACAAUGAGCCAUCUACCUCAGUUAUUUUUGUAAACUCUUAAAACCGAGCUAUUCACAGACAUCUUCCUUGACUCUCAUUAGUACCAUUAGCUUUGUUGCACAAAAUGACCUCCAAACCCAUUCAUUUUAUCUCAUUACAUUCUCCAAGCAUGUUCAUCACCUUGACAUCUUCCUGCCUACUCCAGCUCUAAAUAUUAAUCUAUGUUCUGCAUCUUACCUUUGCAGAGAUGACACCUACAUCCGUGCUGUAUAUGACCUCUCCUUUCUGACCCAUCACAGAACCCGAACAUUUCCCUAUCACAGUGACCUAAUUUAUUAUCUGAGUCCACAUGGCUUUCGUUUCCGCAAAGCCUGUAAGAUUGCCCACCAGCACACAGGUAGGCUCACGGCAUUUCUUCUUCUCAUAAUCAUUGAAUUGAAAUAAAAUGUUCACAACAAACAUGCCAUCUGGAAAAAAUAGAGAGAGUAUUCAUUUUCACCAUUUUUUGUAUUGACACUUCUUGGUUGGAGAUAAGGUCCCUGUAACGGAGAGGCAGUAUAAUCCACGAUAUCUCCGUUGGGUAACAGGAACAACAAAGGAUAAUCCAGGGAAUCAGCAUACAAUAAUCCAGACAGCACUGUAGUAACCCUUCCUUCCCAAGAACUAGACGACACAUAGGCUGGGAGUCAACUGAGAUCUUUUAAUUCAGCUCCACAAUUUAUACAAGUCCCCAUGCAAGGGGUUUCCUGAGUCCCCUCCCAGGGACAUUCCCAGAGGGGACUACAUGGGGAACUUACAAAGCAAGACAUUUUUCCCAUCAGGCACUGCUGCACGAGAGGGAUCCUCCCACUGGAAUAUACCGUUAAGUGGAUUAUCCCUCCGUGCAGCAGAGCUUACAAUUCGUAUAAAAAUACAUAACUUCAUGAAUAUGCAGUCUAUUUAAACGAAUGGAUCUUCGGUAGAUAGCUGGGGUCUGGGCGCAUCAUUCGUGAGAUUACCGCUCAGAUCCCAGCUAAAAUAACCGAACGCCGCACGAAAAACACAUUCAUUACAAAACAUAUUAAAAGAACCGAUUGCCUUCCAGGGAAUAAAAUACCGAACGGCCUGAAACUCCCGAACGUCCUGGAGGCUCAGCGGUGUUCGUGCCGUCGAGUAGCCGUUUUUGGUACCAUGCGCUCGACGACCUAACACCGCUGAGGGAACAAAGGAUCCAAGAUGGCCGACCGCCGCAUGGUCGGUAGUCGAACGACGGCCACCCAGGAGAGCCUCCAAUUACCGAUUGCAACAUUGUUGCAAUCGGUUAAUAGGUGCCACACGCCUCUAAGUGUGUGGGCUAUAAAAUGAUAUGUUGUUCGUUUCCCGAACGGCCCGCAAAGGUGCCGUUCGUGAAACGAAAGGAAUUAGCUAUCUGCGGUCGGCAGAUAGCGCAGGCAGGAGAUACAGCAUUAACAUUGUAUUACAGUACAUGUUCUAACACCCACAAGGACCCCCAUCCCGGCAACCCUUAAAGCGACAGUACAAAAAUAAUGUCCAAGUGGCUAGGUUUGCCACAGUCCCUCAAGGUAAGCCAUAAGUUUCUCGUUAUACUUUGUCCCCAUGCAGGUGUCUUAUUUGUCUAUGAAAAAAUGUUGUCCUUCCUUUAAACUGUGGGAUGUUUUCUGUCCUCAGAAAUUAUGUGUACAUUUUAAUUCAUUAUAUGCAUCUUAUUGUUUGAGUCUCUUAAAGAGAAAUCAAACUUUGCUGUAAAACAUCUAAAUUUAAAACCUACACAUUUUAAAAUAUGUAACAUAUGCUUUAAAAAAACGUAUUUUUUUUUGUUUUGUCUUUUGUGUUUUACAAAAGAUCAAUAAUAUGUGGCAGGACUAUACAAAAUUAAAACAUGACAUAGAGAUAGAUUUUUUUUUUAUAUGUUACUGAUUAUCUUAAAAAGAAUUGGGGUUUGCAUUUUAUUAAGUUAGCAAUUUUAUCCUUCUAAGCCCUGUUCCCAGAGUAUCCUGUUCCGUAAUGCUCAGACUGCCUCUGAAAGCAUCCAGGCAAUUCGAGCCUUCCUAUUGACCAGGUUAUCAUUAAUCCUAAUAAUACCCAGGAACACCAAAUUACAAGGAUUCAAGCUCAGAGAUACCAGCCAUGAGAUCUAGACUGUCAUACUACUGCCUGCAAAACCAGAAUUUAACAUGCUUGACACAUUCAUUUAAUUUCUGUCUUGAUAGUUUGCAUGAAAAGAGAUACAACCUGUUUAACAAAGUACAUUCUGUAUACAUUAAAUAUCAGUUUGUUUUUGUUUUUUAAAUAUUGGUUUUAAAAUUUAUCAUACGUAUCAUUGCGAGACAGAUAAUGUAAUUGCACAGAGAAAAAAACUCUUGGAAAACAGAGAAGAAAUGGAUAAAGUGAAGCAGAAGAGACACCCCGAUUUCCUGGACAUCCUGCUCUGUGCUAAGGUAAUAGCAACAAUAUAUCACCGUUAAAGGGUUCCUCCGAGCACCAUAACAACUUUAAUGUUUUGAAAUGUUCAUGUUAUCUGGUGUCUGUGUGUGGAUUUUGUUAUGAAACGUUGCACAGAGUGUAACGCCACCACCAGCAGUGUCAUUGGGAUGUCAUUAGCUAGCCCAGAACAAGAAUUCCGGGCUGGCUUACGUCAAGUAUUUCUAUAGUUCUAUGCACAGAGUGUCAUUCCUUGGCUGAAAAAGCACUGCUGACCUGCUUAACCAAUGAAUGACCAACACAUUCAUCAGCUCUGCAGAAGUCCGAUAUAUGUCACUGACAAUUAGAGAUUCUUUGGUGCCCAGCGAGACUCGGGUAAGUGGGCAAAUUGAUUCAAAUGAGUUUGUCUCAUUACUGGGGAAUGGCAACAGAGUACUCCUCACAGCAUAACUAUUGCAGAGGGGUGCAGUUGUUUUGCAGCUUGGAGUAACCCUUUAAGUAAAAGUUUUCUUUUUAUAAAGAUGUUCCUGUGUUUUCAGUGAUCAGUAGGGAUAAAAAAAACUACUAGGGUCAAUAUUACUAAAACUAUUUUGAAAAAGUGUAAUUAAAAUUGUCAUAAUCAAAUUGUCUCGUAUAUCAUAGACUGUUAUACAUAACUAUAAGCCUGUCUUUGCAUACCUCUUUCAAUUCAGCUUGAAUUGUAAAAAAAAUUAAAUAUGUGCAGAUUACCUGUCUUGAAUACUGAAAAUUGUUCUCUCCUCUUGUUAUGCUGUCAAGACUGCCAAUAUGAUGUUACUUCUCAUGCACAACCACAAUAAAGAAUUUUUUAAAAAAAAUUGGCCAAAAUCUUUAAAUCGAUGAGAUUUAGACAUAGUUGAUGUAAUGUAUGACAAGGGAUUAAUACCCAUUGGACAGCCCUGCUGAAUUUGUUAACGUUUUAUAAAUAAUUAUAAUAAUAAUAAUAAUAAGACAAAAAACCACAAUACCUUAGAUAUCUGAAUGAAGCUAUAUUUCUAAUCCUCUAUCUGUGCGACCAUAAUCACCUCCAACAAAUGGGUGGAGUAUCUCAGUGGUGGAAAUAAUUCAAAAGAUGACAUCCCGUUUUUCAGAUAUAUUGAUGAUGUCUAAAAAUAUUUACUGGUUACUGUGAUUCAUAAAGUUUAUUAUUGUACAUGAUUAUUAAGUGUAUGGAAAUGCAUAAGAUUUUAGAAAAAUAUAUUUACCUCUUCCCAUUAAAAAAAAAAAAAAGUGAUGUGUUUAUUUGGGCUGAAUUCCAACAGUAGGAAUAUAUUGAAUUGAAGUUUUUAGUGUUUCUUGUUAGUAGUUGUAUUCCCUAAAUUUCAAAUUCAAAGUUUUUCAACUGAACUACGCAUUCAGCUUGACUAUUUUGGCCAAAAUGUUCUGGGCUCUACACAGUGACACAACAGUAGCAUUGAGAUAAGGUUAACAAUGGACAGUAUAGCAGAUUAGACCCAUCAACAUUAGAUUAUAAAGACUACAUUUCUGCUUGGCAUUGAGAAGGAGCCUCAAUUUGAGUCUGGAUAUGAGAAAUUGAAGUGCUAUCACUUACUGAAUAUCCAUUUAUUUAUGGCUUCUUUUCUGCUGAUUGCGAACAGAGUUGUACGCUCUGUAGAGGAAAAUAAAUUAUUCACCUCCAUAAAUGAUACAGAAUAAGGUAAAUAGAGAUAUAUAUUUCCAGUAUAUGCAGGAACAUCUCUUUAUUCAUAUUGCUAAGUUAGCCAAAUAUGCAUAUUUUAAUUGCAAUUUCUUCCAAACAUCUUUAUUUGUGUAUUCCAGGAUGAAAAAGGCCAGGGUUUGUCAGAUGAGGACUUGCGAGCCGAGGUGGACACCUUCAUGUUUGAGGGACAUGAUACCACAGCUAGUGGGAUCUCCUGGAUCUUAUACUGUAUGGCUAAAUACCCAGAGCACCAACAGAAGUGCAGGGAAGAGAUCAGAGAGAUCUUAGGGAAGAGAGAUACAAUGGAAUGGUACGUUUAAGGAUACGCACUCUACUUUCUUAGACCACCUAUGCACUCCACCAGAAAUAGAAAUAAAUAUAUAGAUUUCCCCUGCUGGCACUCACCAUUUACCAUGGUUUAAUCUACCUGUGUUUUUCUCUUACUUGUUUUUCUUUUUAGUCUUUAUAUUCACUCAUAUUUUAUUAGUUUACCAAAUAAAAUCCUUUAAAAUGGAACCUGGCUGUACAGGGUGACUUUUUUUUCAUGGCACCAUUAAUUGUAAGGAAUUAUCUAGAUUACAAGUUUGGUAAAUGAUAAAGCAAACAAACUGUUCGGUUCAGCUUGAUUAUUUUGGCCUAACAUGAAUAAUUCUCAUGUUAGCUCCUGACUGAGUAAAUAAACAAAUGAAUGUGCUUCAUAUUUUAUGGCACAAAAAAAACCCUUUCUAAUUAAGAAUGAUAUGUUCAUUGAUUUCCAAUUCCCAGGGACGACCUGAGCAAAAUGUCUUAUACCACCAUGUGCAUCAAGGAGAGCCUCCGUUUAUAUCCUCCUGUUCCUGUCAUAUCCAGAGAGCUUGACAAACCAAUCACAUUCUACGAUGGGCGGUCCUUACCCGCAGGUGGGUGUAAAUGAUUGGUGUUUUAAGACUUGAGCACAGGAAGUUACUGUGUAAACACAUACUUCCCAACAUUUCAUAUGGACAAAGGGGGGACAUAUAACUAUAGGGGUGUGCGUGAGUGGAGCGGCGGCUUGGAGCGGGGCUGUUCUGAGAAAAUUUAGGUGACUUACUAAUAACAAUUUAUGCAACUAAAAUGUAAUUUAGAAGGAAAACAAUGUAUCUUAUUUACACAGACUGAUUUCUAAACACAUUUAUUGUAGUUUAAAGACACAUUACUGGGAGUAUUAUUGCUGUGGAGCUCUGUUAUACAGUCAGACACAUUACUGGCAGUAUUAUUGCUGUGGAGCUCUGUUAUACACUCAGACACAUUACUGGGAGUAUUAUUGCUGUGGAGCUCUGUUAUACACUCAGACACAUUACUGGGAGUAUUAUUGCUGUGGAGCUCUGUUAUACACUCAGACACAUUACUGGGAGCAUUAUUGUUGUGGAGCUCUGUUAUACUCUCAGACACAUUACUGGGAGCAUUAUUGUUGUGGAGCUCUGUUAUACACUCAGACACAUUACUGGGAGUAUUAUUGCUGUGGAGCUCUGUUAUACACUCAGACACAUUACUGGGAGUAUUAUUGCUGUGGAGCUCUGUUAUACACUCAGACACAUUACUGGCAGUAUUAUUGCUGUGGAGCUCUGUUAUACACUCAGACACAUUACUGGGAGUAUUAUUGCUGUGGAGCUCUGUUAUACACUCCGACACAUUACUGGGAGUAUUAUUGCUGUGGAGCUCUGUUAUACACUCAGACACAUUACUGGGAGUAUUAUUGCUGUGGAGCUCUGUUAUACACUCAGACACAUUACUGGGAGUAUUAUUGCUGUGGAGCUCUGUUAUACACUCAGACAUUACUGGGAGUAUUAUUGCUGUGGAGCUCUGUUAUACACUCAGACACAUUACUGGGAGUAUUAUUGCUGUGGAGCUCUGUUAUACACUCAGACACAUUACUGGGAGUAUUAUUGCUGUGGAGCUCUGUUAUACACUCAGACACAUUACUGGGAGCAUUAUUGUUGUGGAGCUCUGUUAUACUCUCAGACACAUUACUGGGAGCAUUAUUGUUGUGGAGCUCUGUUAUACACUCAGACACAUUACUGGGACUAUUAUUGCUGUGGAGCUCUGUUAUACACUCAGACACAUUACUGGGAGUAUUAUUGCUGUGGAGCUCUGUUAUACAGUCAGACACGUUACUGGGAGUAUUAUUGCUGUGGAGCUCUGUUAUACACUCAGAAACAUUACAGGGAGCAUUAUUGCUGUGGAGCUCUGUUAUACACUCAGACACAUUACUGGGAGUAUUAAUGCUGUGGAGCUCUGUUAUACACUCAGACACAUUACUGGGAGUAUUAUUACUGUGGGGCUCUGUUAUACACUCAGACACAUUACUGGGAGUAUUAUUGCUGUGGAGCUCUGUUAUACACUCAGACACAUUACUGGGAGUAUUAUUGCUGUGGAGCUCUGUUAUACACACAUACACAUUACUGGGAGUAUUAUUGCUGUGGAGCUCUGUUAUACACUCAGACACAUUACUGGGAGUAUUAUUGCUGUGGGGCUCUGUUACACUCAGACACAUUACUGGGAGUAUUAUUGCUGUGGAGCUCUGUUAUACACACAGACACAUUACUGGGAGUAUUAUUGCUGUGGAGCUCUGUUAUACACUCAGACACAUUACUGGGAGUAUUAUUGCUGUGGAGCUCUGUUAUACACUCGGACACAUUACUGGGAGUAUUAUCGCUGUGGAGCUCUGUUAUACACUCAGACACAUUACUGGGAGUAUUAUUGCUGUGGAGCUCUGUUAUACACUCAGACACAUUACUGGGAGUAUUAUUGCUGUGGAGCUCUGUUAUACACUCAGACACAUUACUGGGGUAUUAUUGCUGUGGAGCUCUGUUAUACACUCAGACACAUUACUGGGAGUAUUAUUGCUGUAGAACUCUGUUAUACACUCAGACACAUUACUGGGAGUAUUAAUUCUGUGGAGCUCUAAUAGCAGACUGAAUUCGUAUCUGCUUCCAAUUCCUAGAUUCCAUGCAAAGAAUCACUUGCACAAUGUGAGUCGUCAAUCAGUUACCUGUAUUAGAUAAAUUGCACUGUGGGGUAAAGAUCAGGUCAGUCUAAAUGUGUAUAAAGGUAAGGAAGAGUGUAAAUAAGCAAAGAUACUGACACUUGAAACUGCUGGGGGAGCUAAGAAAGAAUAGUUUGUUAACCACUUCAAUAUCAAACAAGUUUUGUGUGAAAAAAUAUUACCAUAACAUUUAUUUGAAACAUGUGGUGCAGAGUUACUUUAUCCACAUAUAUGAUAAAACCGUUUUUCUAUAGAUUCCUGUUUUGUCAAACAUAAAAGUAUGUCACACAGAGUAAAUUUUUCUCAUGUACAGUAACAAUGACAAAUAUAGAUAUAAAAAAAUAUCCAAUGCGCAUUGCUAGUAGUAAAAUUUACUAAAAAUUGCAACAGAAUGUAAAAAGAAUAUCUGUAUUUGAGCAAAUAUUUCUAAAAUAGGGUAUUUAUAAUGUAUUAAAAUCAUUGUGUUGCUGUAAUGCUAGUAGGUCUAUUAGAGAUACUAUUCACUCCUAUAUCAGGAAGUAUUACUUUACUGAGAGGGUAGUGGAUGCAUGGAAUAGCCUUCCAGCUGAAGUGGUAGAGGUUAACACAGUAAAGGAGUUUAAGCAUGCGUGGGAUAGGCAUAAGGCUAUCCUAACUAUAAGAUCAGGCCAGGGACUAAUGAAAGUAUUUAGAAAAUUGGGCAGACUAGAUGGGCCGAAUGGUUCUUAUCUGCUGUCACAUUCUAUUUUUCUAUGUUUCUAUGUAUCUUUCCCGUCAGCAGUGUAUUUACCUUGAAGCUGACAGGGCAUUUGCCUUGGGCGGCACUUUCAGGGGGGCGACAAGAAAAGCUACCCCCCAAAUGGCCCGGGAAAUGCCAUGUCAGCCUCUUGUCCUGGGGAACAUGCGAGGGAGCACUCUCCCCUGAGCACUACCCCGCUCAGCAACCUCACGCGCACCGCUGUGAUGCCAGAGCCGGAAUAUGAUGUCACUCCGGCAUUGGCAUCACUAAGAGGCACGCAAGGGAACUGAGCAGGAAGAUCAGAGCUCCCUCACUGUCCGCCUGAACUGCGUGCCUGCACUUCCGACCGCCCACCACAUGCAUUGCGACAAAUUCACCAAAACACCUAAAAAAUUUAAGCAAAUAAAAAAAAAACUUUUAGUGAGAGAGUUAGUAUGUGUGUGUCUGUUAGUAGGUGUUAGUGUGUGUCUGACAGUGAGAGUGUGUGUUUCUCUGUUAGUAAGAGUGUGUCUGUUAGUGAUUGUCAGUGUGUGUCUGUUAGUGAGAGUGUGUGUGUGUGUGUGUGUCUGUUAGUGAGUGUGUGUGUCUGUAAGUGAGAGUGUGUGUCUGUUAGUGAGAGUGUGGUUGUCUGUUGGUGAGUGUGCUAGUGUGUCUGUGUCUGUUAGUGAGAUUGUGUGUCUGUUAGUGAGUGUGUUAGUGUGUGUGUGUGUCUGUGUCUGUUAGUGAGAGUGUGUGUCUGUUAGUGAGCGUGUGUUUCAAAGAGUGUGUAUGUCUGUUAGUGAAUGUGUAUGUCUGUCAGUGAGUAUGUGUGUGUCACAGUGUGUGUCUGACACUGAGUGAGUGUGCUUCUGUCAGUGAGUGUGUAUGUGAUUUCUCAGUGAGUGUGUAUGUGUAUCUGUCAGUCAAUGCUUGUGUCAGUUAGUGUGUCUGUUGGUGGAUGUGUGUGUCUGUCAGUGAAUGUGAGAGUGCAUGUCUUUCUGUCAGUGAGUAUGUUUAAGUGAAACAUAUGGGAAACUGUUCCUGGGCAGCACAAGCGAAUCAUUGGACACACUUGUGCUGUGCAACGGACACUAGAACCAUGCAUGGAGCACUUCAGCAGUGUUCCCUGAAUGAUCCCGAAGGCUGGGGGCUGGAUUGUCAGUUCAUCCCCUCUUCAGGUGAGACCGUAACCCCGCUUUUUAAUUUUUUUUUUUUACACAAAACAUGAGUUUUGAUAUAAAAAGGACCACUGACCAGAUUGACCAGACACCUGUCAUGUUUAACUUUAAUAAAACUAAUUUGUGUGUUUCAGGCGCUGUAGUUACUUUAAAUAUGUAUUGCAUCCACCGGAACACCAGUGUGUGGAAGGACCCAGAGGUACCUGUUUGUCAUGAUAUCCAAGCUGUUUUUGUGAAGUUGAGUUGAAUUAUUAAUACAUUUUCCCAGUAUUAAUAUUUUCUUUAUUUGUUCCAGGUAUUUGAUCCUCUACGGUUUUCUCCUGAAAAUUCUAAUAAACACUCACAUGCUUAUAUCCCCUUUGCAGCAGGAUCAAGGUAUAUUUUUUGUUUUCACUAAUAUCUUGUUGGAAUAUUCUUCCAGAGGAUUUUCUAGAUAACACUUAUGUAAAAUCUUUGCAAAUUGGAGACGAAGAUACAUUGAGAUUGUAUACAUUCUAAUGUAUGCGCUGUCUCAUUAAACUGUGGAACUACCAAUCAUAAAGUUAAAGGAACACUCCAGGCUAUCACAUAAGUUGGAUCAAUGUGUAGGUUAGGUUACAGUUAGUUAUACUGGGUGGGUUUAUAUUAUUAAAGGGACACUCCAGGCUCCCACACACGUUAGAUGCACUGUGCAGGUUAGGUUACAGUUAGUUAUACUGGGUGGGUUUAUAUUAUUAAAGGGACACUCCAGGCUCCCACACACGUUAGGUGCACUGUGUAGGUUAGGUUACAGUUAGUUAUACUGGGUGGGUUUAUAUUAUUAAAGGGAUACUCCAGGCUCCCACACACGUUAGAUGCACUGUGUAGGUUAGGUUACAGUUAGUUAUACUGGGUGGGUUUAUAUUAUUAAAGAGACACUCCAGGCUCCCACACACGCUAGAUGCACUGUGUAGGUUAGGUUACAGUUAGUUAUACCGGGUGGGUUUAUAUUAUUAAAGGGACACUCCAGGCUCCCACACACGUUAGAUGCACUGUGUAGGUUAGGUUACAGUUAGUUAUACUUGGUGGGUUUAUAUUAUUAAAGGGACACUCCAGGCUCCCACACACGUUAGAUGCACUGUGUGGGUUAGGUUACAGUUAGUUAUGCUGGUGGGUUUAUAUUAUUAAAGGGACACUCCAGGCUCCCACACACAUUAGGUGCACUGUGUAGGUUAGAUUACAGUUAGUUAUACUGGGUGGGUUUAUAUUAUUAAAGGGACACUCCAGGCUCCCACAAACAUUAGAUGCACUGUGUAGGUUAGGUUACAGUUAGUUAUACUGGGUGGGUUUAUAUUAUUAAAGGGACACUCCAGGCUCCCACACACGUUAGAUGCACUGUGUAGGUUAGGUUACAGUUAGUUAUACUGGGUGGGUUUAUAUUAUUAAAGGACACUCCAGGCUCCCACACACGUUAGGUGCACUGUGUAGGUUAGGUUACAGUUAGUUAUACUGGGUGGGUUUAUAUUAUUAAAGGGACACUCCAGGCUCCCACACACGUUAGAUGCACUGUGUAGGUUAGGUUACAGUUAGUUAUACUGGGUGGGUUUAUAUUAAUAAAGGGACACUCCAGGCUCCCACACACGUUAGGUGCACUGUGUAGGUUAGGUUACAGUUAUACUGGGUGGGUUUAUAUUAUUAAAGGGAUACUCCAGGCUCCCAUACAAGUUAGGUGCACUGUGUAGGUUAGGUUACAGUUAGUUAUACUGGGUGGGUCUAUAUUAUUAAACGGACACGUCAGGCAUCUCACACAAGUUGAGUGAACUGUGAAAGUUAGGUGACAGUUUUAUUUUGAAGAUAUAAAAAAGUAAAAUGUGUGCAAAUAUUUUUAGACAACAAUGCAUAGUAAUCUUUGUAGGUAAUUAUCCAGUGUUGGUUUUCUUUCUUGUGUGUAAAGGUCCAAAGAAAAUAAUAAAAAUUGACAUAUUCUUCCCUAUCUGUUAUCUCAGGAACUGCAUUGGACAGAACUUCGCUAUGAAUGAAAUGAAAGUGUCUGUGGCAUUAACCUUGAACCGUUUCGAGCUUUUACCAGAUCUAUCUAACCCGCCUCUGAUAGUGCCCCAGCUUGUUCUACGCUCCAAAAAUGGAAUCCAUGUGUAUCUGAAAAAAGCAAGCCAAAAAUGA